ACGUUGUCGCACACUUUAAAGCUCCUUUGUAAGACUUGGAGGACACUAUGACAGGUUCAAAACGUUCGAUCAGGAAGAAAGAUCUUGAUCGGCUCAUUUUUAAUCAUAUACAUUUUCCAAACACUUCUUUUUGUUUGUUGUGAGAAUGGUCCAACCUAAAGGGAAUUCUCUUUUGGAUUUAAAUACCCACUCCGAACCUUCAAAUUUGCCUGAGAAAGCGACAUGGUGGAAGAAAUCAAAGAACGUGAUUCUAGUGCUGGUAUUUUUACUCAUGUCUGCUCUGUUGGGUGCUUUUGUGGUGAACACAGUUAUCAAUGGGAUUCUUGAAGAUUGGAUCGGGAUUAACCUUCGUUGGCAGCGAAUGUGCAUGUCUAAGGAGUGCGUCUCGGCGGCUCAUGAGCUAAUUGAAAAUAUGAAUGAUCAAGUCCAUCCUUGUGACGAUUUCUACGAUUUUGCGUGUUCCCAAUUUGUCACACGGGAGUGGAUUCCAGAUGACGCCCUUGAGGUUUCCCAAUUCUCUUUGACAGAAGACCAUGUCCACCUUCAGUUGCGAAAAAUAUUUGACGAAUACCUCCCAGGUCUGUCUACUGCACCAGCUAAUCUAACUUUGUGGCAUAACCAGGCUUGUAUGAAUGUGUCUCGGAUUUACGAAUUGGGACUAGACCCCUUGUUAGACACCAUCAAUGAAUUUGGAGGAUGGCCUAUAGUAAAACAACAGGGGGAAUUGCCUAGAUUUGAAGCGGAAUCUUCGUCUUUGGUAAACCUAUCGCGAGCCUUAUUUACCCAAGGCAUGGGAACAAAUUUUCUAUUCUCUCUCUACGUUGGACAAGACGUCAAAAAAACGGACGAGUACACUCUGUAUUUGGAUCAGCCUGAUUUUGGGCUCAAUGCCAAGUAUCUGAACUUGGGACGAAACCAUUCGUUUGUUCAAGCAUAUAGGGCAUUUUCUUCAGAGAUCGCCGAAUUUUUGGGAGCUGCCCAAGAUGGACCCCGGAAUAAGGCCAUUGAUGAAAUGCUGACAUUCGAAAUGAAUUUGUCCAACAUUUCGGCCUCUUGGGAGGAGAGGAGGGAUAAGAAAUUGCUCUACCAAAACAUAACCUUGCGCGAUCUUUCGGCCUUGUGUCCUGUUUGGGAUUGGACCUUCUUCGUCAACAGUUUGAAAUUGACUCCCACUCAACUGAAUGAAGACCAACAAAUAGUCGUCAUUGGCAAACCGUUCAUCAGCCAAUUGAAACCAUUACUUGCCAAAACCAAACCCACCACCAUCAAGAACUAUAUCCUCUGGAGGGCUAUCAAAUCUUGGGCCUCAAUCAUCGGUGGCAAAAUCCAGGCUAUAAUUGGAAAAUACCAUAGGGCUUUGGUUGGAGCUAAGGAGGCUAAACCACGUUGGAAAACGUGCUUGCAAGCUACCAGUGCAACUUUUCAACCCUUGUUGGGCAAAUUCUACGUCGAGAAAUUCUUUCAAAACAACACAAGCCGUGCCACCGCGAGUGAAAUGAUUUCCAGGAUAAAGGACACCUUCCAGAAUAAUUUGAGAAAAUUAGACUGGAUGGAUAAGAAAACCAAAUCCAGAGCAUUGGCAAAAUUGCGUCAUAUGGACGAAUUUGUUGGCUUCUCUGAUUUGAUUAAAAAUGAAACCAUAAUCAAAACCUUCAUACAAGGAUUGAAAUUAGAUCCUCAAGAGUUUUUCAACAACCAACGAAAAAUCAAUAAAUGGCGCAUUAAACAACGUUGGAUGAAGCUGGGCCAACGAUAUGGAGCAAUUGAUAGUUUGACGGAUGAGACCAUUACAGUUGUCAACGCCUACAACGAUCUUUUCGCCAAUUCCAUAAUUCUACCGGCAGGAAUUUUGCAGGGUGCGUUUUUCGAUGAUAUCCGACCGAAGUAUCUAAACUAUGGCAGCUUGGGCUUUAUCAUUGGUCACGAAAUUAUUCAUGGGUAUGAUAAUAUCGGCAAACAAUUUGACGAGCAAGGUAUGUUAGAUGAGUGGUGGGAUCCCGCCACCACUGAAGGCUUUGAUGAACGAGCCUCAUGCUUCGUCGAGCAAUACAGUCAAUUUCGAGUGGAAUCCUUAAAUGUAAGCUUAAAAGGCAAACAAAUUCAAGGGGAAGUGAUUGCCGAUAAUGGUGGAUUGGCUCAUGCUUACAAUGCAUAUGUUAAUUGGGUUGAGGAAAAUGGCGAGGAGGAAUCUCUGCCAGGGCUCAACCUAAGUGGUCGUCAGCUAUUCUGGACGGCAGCAGCAAAUGUUUGGUGCUCGAAGACUCGGGAACAAUUUCAAAGACAAAAUAUUGCUUUGGGUGUACACCCCCCUCCUAAGUUUCGUGUAAAUGGACCAUUGCAAAACUCUCCAGAAUUUGCCAAAGACUUCAACUGCCCAAGUGGAACUCCAAUGAACCCCUCCAAAAAAUGCAAAAUGUGGUGACUAACUACCACCAGUGAUUGAACAAUGCAUUAAAGAGAAAACGAAAAGCAAAUAUCAUUAACUACAAAAGUGAGAAAUGAUGAAUUGUGCCACAAAGUUUAUGUUGGUAAAUAA